AUGGGUAAUUGGUUUGGAGAUCUCAAUCUUGGGCUGAAAUAUGCCAUUGUUCUUGGGUCAUUGAUCUUCCUGGUAUUUAUUGCUGGGUUUAUGAAAUUGUUCUAUGUCAGGCAGAAGACCAGAAAGCUCAUGGCGGAAGCCAAAGCCAAAGCCGCCAACGAAGAAGGGAAAGUAGAACAAAUUGCGCUCAACCAGCGUGAAGAAGGCGAAGGCGAUCUUUUCGGUAUCCGCGCCCUCGAACGGGGUUUCUACGGCGGUGUCGCGCAGUCCCGCCCUACGACGCCCACACCCGCCAGCAUGUCCGCCAGCACUCUCGUACAAUCCGGAAACAUCCCCUUCGGCCAGGGCAGCGCCACCAGCAGCGUCAUCACCAUUGACGUCGGAAACCCCAAGGGCCCCGCACAACUCCCGCCCUCGAAGGUGGCAGUCGAUAUGCAGCUCAACGUCCCCGACUCCCCCAAGCACCCGCGCUCUCCCGAGUCCCCAAAGUUCCCGAGAUCGCCCAGCCCGUUGUCGAGAGGAAGCUCACCACAGCUCGAGUCGGAUAUCCCUAGUAGUGGGCUCGGCCUAAAUAACUACUCGUCCUCCAAUGGAGGGCCAAAAAUACAGAGUAAUAUGACCCCGAUCCAUAAAGUGAAAGAGCCAACGAGAGGCAUGACCAUUUUUUCUGACGCGGGCUCUGUGGUCGAUGAAGACUCUCCGCCUAGCUCCCCUGCGGGAACAAAUUUUAGUCGCCCCCCUCCACCGUCGCCACCUAGGCCGCAGAUUAAGAUUGAUGGACCUGUAGAUGAUGAACCAGAACGAGAGGUUUCCGUCGCGACGAUGAGGGGUGCGGGCGCUGGAGUAGGAGCGGGUAGUAGCAGUGGUGGUGGUGCGGGUGGUGCGGGUGGUGGUGCGGGUGUCGGUGCGGGAGAUCGAGAGGGAAAUGGCGGUGGGAUGGUGAUGCUGGGUGUGGAUAAUGGGGACUACAACAACCGGGUUUCGUCGGGGUCUCUAUCGGACGUCUAUGACUCGUAUUAUGAUGGGAAAAACCGGGACUCGGGUUCCAGUACUGCUUGA